AUGGCGGCGCCCGAGGCCGAGGCGGCGGGGGGUCGGCAGCGCGCGCUGGGCGCCUACUCACCCGUGGACUACAUGAGCAUCACCAGCUUCCCCCGGCUGCCCGAGGAGGAGGCGGGCGGCGCCGCCGAGGGCGGCCUCCGCGCCCGGAAGGAGGAGGACGCGUUCCUGGGCGAGCAGGACACGGACCCAGACUCCUUCCUGAAGUCCGCGCGCCUGCAGCGCCUGCCCUCGUCCUCCUCGGAGAUGGGCAGCCAGGAUGCGUCCCCCCUGCGAGAGACCAGCAAGGACCCCUUCUCUGCAGACUGCAGCUGCCGGCAGGACGGGCUGACCGUCAUCAUCACUGCCUGCCUCACCUUCGCCACAGGGGUCACGGUGGCCUUGAUCAUGCAGAUCUACUUUGGAGACCCUCAGCUCUUCCAGCGUGGGGCUGUGGUGACGGAUGCUGCCCGCUGCACAGCACUGGGCGUCGAGGUGCUCAGCAAGCAGGGCUCCUCGGUGGACGCAGCCAUCGCAUCAGUGCUCUGCGCAGGAGUGGUGAACCCCCACACCUCAGGCAUUGGCGGGGGUGGGGUGAUGCUGGUCCAUGACAUCCGGAAGAACCAGAGCCAGGUGAUCGACUUCCGUGAGGUGGCUCCAUUGGGCAUCCCGCCGGACAGCGAUCUGCUGAAGGACAGCAAGCCAGGUUUGCUCGUGGGGGUGCCAGGCACGCUGCAAGGCAUGCACCGGGCACACCAGCUGCAUGGCAGGCUCCCCUGGUCACAGCUGCUGGGCCUCGUGGCUGCCGUUGCCCAGGAUGGAUUUAACAUCACGCACGACUUGGCCAAAGCUGUGAGUGAGCUUAAAGACCUGAACUGCUCUGACAAGUUUCGGGAGACCUUCCUGCCGGAUGGCCAGCCUUUGUUGCCUGGCAUGUUUGUGAGGCGCCUGGACCUCGCAGCUGUCUUGGAGCUAGUGGGAGCAGAAGGGACUUCAGCCUUCUACAGUGGAAACUUGAGCCGGGAGAUCAUCUCUGAGGUCCAAAACUAUGGAGGAGUCUUGGAGGAGGAAGACUUCAGCAAUUACAGUGUUACAGUGGAGAGUCCCGUCCACACGAUCUACCGAGGUCAUCUUGUUUUGAGUCCCCCCCCUCCACAUGCAGGUCCUGCUCUGAUCACAGCACUGAAUAUCCUCGAGGGCUUUAACAUCACAAAUCUAGCACCCAGGGGGAACAUCUUGCACUGGAUUGCAGAGACAUUAAAAAUCGCUCUGAGUCUAGCUAGCAACUUGGGAGACCCAUCCGACGAUGCAUCCAUUGUUCGCGCUGCAGAAGGCAUGCUGAGUAAAUCAGAGGCUGAUUCCCUGCGCCAGCUGAUAAAUGAGUCCCAGCCCUUCUCAUUGGAUCUCCGCCUGCCUCACUUCUCUGUGGAGAGCGGAGCCGCUGCCAGCCAGGUUCUCGUCAUGGGACCCGAUGACUUCAUUGUCGCAGUCGUAAGUUCUUUGAAUCGCCCAUUUGGUAGUGGAAUAAUGACAGCCUCUGGAGUGCUCCUGAACAGCCAGAUGUUGGACUUCUCCUGGCAAAACAAAACAACAAACCACUCCAUUCCCAGGCCGCAAAAUCUCAUCCAGCCUCGGAAACGGCCCCUGUCUUUCUUGUUGCCCACCAUCGUGAGGCCAUCGGAGGGGAUGUGCGGAACGUACCUGAGUCUGGGAGCUAACAGUGGGGACAAAGCCUUGAGCGGCAUCGUUCAGGUCUUGGUAAACGUGUUAGCGUUCAACAAGAAUCUGAGUGAAAGUUUGUCUCUUGGUCGUCUUCACCCACAGCUUCAGUCCAACACCUUGCAGGUUGACAGUGAAUUUUCUGAAGAAGAUAUUGAAUGUCUCGUAGCCAGGGGCCAUGAAGUGGAUAAAGUCAAAGUGCUCUCCCUGGUCCAUGGGGCCAGGAGAACCAACAGUUUCAUCAUCGGCCUGAAGGACCCCAGGAGCAUGGAUGCUGCUGGAGCCACAAUAUUGUAGCACCUCUCAGACAACUUAUUCACUGAACAAGGCUUUAGACACAACCCCAGUGAUGUGCAUGUUCUGAAAUGGUCCCCUCCUGCUCCCCAGAGUGGGAUCACUGCAUACACACACAUACAUCUUCAUCGCUGAGCAGACGUCCUGCGUUCCCUACCCAGGAUGGCACAGGAGGUGUUAAUGGUGCCGGCACAACAUCCCUCUGAUGUUUUUUUCUUUUAAAAUAAUUCGAUUUGCAAGCAGCUCUGUCACUGCUAUAGGAUCACAGGGAGUUUUUCUUUUGGCACCAUCUUAUCAUUCAUUCCAGCCUUUUCAAAAGCCCAGCUCUAGCCAACUGCACGAUUUUAGUGAGCAGCAACAUUAGCAAAGGAAACAGUGACAGUAAAAAACAGCUGCUGAUAAUACUGUAAUCUUCAUCUCCUUUUCUUUCCCAAAUUCAUUAUUUGCCUCUUCUGUGAAUCAGCAGUUAAUGCAGCCUAAUGUAGUGUUUGUAGGUGCCUGUAGCUGGAAUAUCAGGGCAUCCUUUAAUGUUGUGUGUGGGCUGGCUGGCUUUUGCCAGCAUGCAGCCUCCUGUGUUAGAUCCUUUUCUCACAUCCCUGGAAACCUUGAAUUUUUGGAGUAUUUUGAAUCACUUCUCUGUGCAGACACAUUGGAGUCUGACUUUGAACCAGUCUGCCUCUUCACUGGCAAACGAGGACCCCAAAUUCACUGCUGUUGUUCCCAAAAGAAGCUGUCCCACCAUGCAUUUUGUAACAAAAACAAUGGUUUUCAACUUUUAACAACUGGUGGACCCCCCCCAGUAAUUUUCUUACAGUUUUCUGGCCUCUGCAGAGAUUUUAAGCUUAGUGAUAAUGGGUUUAUUUUUCUUUGAUACUUUUUGGAAAUAUCUUCAAAGUACUCUGCAGGCUUGUAAGAAUCCACAGAGCACAGACUGAAAACUGCAUGGAAACAGUGUAGGUAGAUUCGGGGCUUUCCUUACACGGCCUUGUCUCAGCCUGCUGUGAAAGCCUAAGUUGUAUAGUCCCUACAGAGAGGCUUAGGGUUUUCUGCAUGCUAAAUUCACGCCUGUACUUCAGCUCUGGUGGCUCUAUUGGAAAAGCUGUGGAGAGAGAAAGGGUCCAAUGCAAAGCAAAGACCACUGAGAUAAUUUUCUGUCUGUAACAAGAAAUACAGAAUAUAAGAAUACCUCUGCAUUUCUUGUCUGAAAGAGAAUGGAGAAAAUACCACAUCUGUUUGCUGCACCAUUGAAUUCAGUCCACGCUGGAAUGUUUCCGUCUAUUUUUUUAACUAACAAGUUAGAGAGAAACCCUUGGCCGUAAAAAAUUCUGGAAUCAGAUACAUUUCCACAGCAAUGCUUUCCUUCACAUUGCAAAUAUGCCAAUGGCUGCUGCAGGCAUUCCACUCGUGUGCUGCCUGUGGCUGCCUCAGCGUGCCCCUUGGUGACACAGCUGCCCCAGCCUUCCUGCUGAGGAGCCCCACAGACACUGCUCCACAUGUAGGGCUGUGCCCACACAGGCUGGCACAGGGCGCAGGGAGCACGCAGGGUGCUUGGAGGUGGUCAGGAAACUACCAGAGAGAAUUGGAUUAAUUGUUCCUGACACCUACCGGCCGAGUGUCCCAAAGCAUCUUACAGUAGGUCUGGCACAUUUUGCUGUGGAAGGAGAGGGGUGCUUUUCUGCUUUGCUGAAAUGCGGCCAGCCAGGAGGCAGCCACUGGCAGACAUCAACGCCAACAGUUCUUUCUGUUAGGAAACACAGAAUCAUAGAAUGGCCUGAGUUGAGGAGGAGCACAGUGACCAUCCAGUUCCAACCCCUG